AUGAGUUUCUCCGGACGAACGCCCGAGUCUUUUCUGCCGCGAACUGAUUCGAAAAACCCUUCGACCACCUGCAAAGGCCUCACGGCCAGUGGGCGUCCUUGUCGAAGAGCAUUGGCCAGCAGCCCGACUGGUAACAGUAGCAGAUCCUCUCCAGGUCCUUCCUCGGACCGCAACGAUGCCGUCGUCGGCGGCGUCCUCGCCAUUCUCGAGCACAGCGAUGCGGCUGCGUUCUAUUGCUGGCAGCAUAAAAGCCAAGCGGAGGAACUAGCCGCGGAGCCGGAACAGAAGACCACAUUGUUCCCACUACGGGGGAAGUCGAGUAUAGAUUCGAUCGCGGAGAAAGUUGGGGUCGUUGACCUGGAUUCCGAGGUAGGAUCACACAGUGGCGGGAAGCGGCAUAAUGCGCGGCGUGACGAGCCGCGUUUGACGAAGCGGGAUACCAUGCCAUCGGGAUGGCAGCAUAUGCAGGGACCUUUGAUGACGGUGCCCGAAGAGGUACAGCUGCCCAGUAGGAAGGACGACUAUUUGGGCGGACGAUCCAAUACCAAGGUGUCAUGGUCGUGCUGUCUACAGGCGGAUGAUCAUGAUGAGCCACCACAACGGCAUCGACGACGGCCACAGCCUCCGCCGGCGCAAGGCUAUGAGAGCCCCGCGCCCAUGCAGGCGGCGAUGGCUCGUCCGGCUCCGGUGGUCCAGCGGAAGCCUGUGCCGUCCUCGCAGGUUCGAGGCCGAGCAGUCCCUGCGCCCGACCGUCGCUCGCCAUCAAUAUGGACUGAACCUAGACUGAGCGCUCAGCGACCUGCAACGUCUGCCUCGCAUACGCAAGACCUGCUGGCACUGAUCCCCUCCAGGACUUCACCGCAGACCGCAGCUCUUCUGCUCUCCGAGCUCAGCAAGCCACUGUCUCCGUCAGACGACAGCGGGUACAUCUACAUCUUCUGGCUUACUCCCGAUUCAUUCGACUCGAAGCCAGACGAUGAGACUGCCUCGAGCCUGCUCGGUGACGAUGACGAGGAGAUGGAUCUGGACUCGGAUUCCGAAACCGAGCCCACGACGGCUCAAGCCACCAGACGUCGAAGCGGACCUGGUGCUCCAAUAAAGCAGAAGAAUCCUCGCCAAGCUGCAGCUAUUCAGCGAUACGCCUCAGUCCGGCGCAUUGAACCUCGUACUUCCCGCACUAAGCACACAGCCAGCACGAUCGCUCCUACAACAGAGGAGCAACGAACGAUCCUCCUCAAAAUUGGCCGCGCCAGCAACGUCCACCGACGCAUGACGCAGUGGUCGAAGCAGUGCGGACAGGACAUCACCCUUGUCCGCUUCUAUCCAUACAGGAUCAAAUAUGCAUCUCCAAAGCCGGCAACUGGCGCCAGGUCCGCACCUCGGUCCCCUUCCGGCGCCUCUUCCGCAGCCGCAUCGACCGGAAUCACGCUCAAAUGCCCGUACAUAAGUCGCGUAGAGCGUCUAAUCCACCUCGAGCUCGCCGAGCAGCGCAUUGUUGACCCCGGGAAGUGCGAGCAGUGCGGACGCGAGCAUAAAGAGUGGUUUGAGGUACCAGCGACGCGGAAAGGGCUUCGGCGCGUGGAUGAAGUUGUCAAGCGCUGGGUUGGGUGGCUUUGCGCCAAGAGUCGGAAGAACCAUGGGCGGCUGGCGCGACGCCAAGCCAAAAUUUGGCCGUGA